AUGAGUAGUUACAUCAUCGCAGGAGAAGCUGGAAGUCAAGCCUUCACUUAUUGUGAAUACCUUGGCAAAAAACUCUCACUGAGCGCUCCAAGUGUUUCUGUCCACAUCAUAAUGAAGCAUCCUACCGAAUGAGAAGCAUUUUUAGAUAAAAUUAUUAAUGGCUAUGGAUUCAAAACCCGAUCAUCUCCAAUUAUUUUUACUACUGACGGGAAACUUAUAGGAGACAAAUCAGAAUUUAAAAAGCACAUCCUUUUCACAUAUGGCUUAAAAAGCGACCUUGACCCAAUACUGAAAUCAUCGAUUGCCUCAUAUGACCAAAAGCAGCUUGAAGAUUUCAGAGAAAAACAAAGCCGUGGACCUACUUUGGCUGAGUUUAUGAAACCUCGUAUAGCUGAAAUCAAAGCAGAAGGAAGCACAAGAGUGAUCCCAGAAUCAUAUGAAAGAAAAAUCGACAAAGGACUAGAGUUUUUUGUGAAAUCCAGCGAGCAGUUAUCUCCAUUUUUGAAUGAUUCUUUCCAAUAUCAAGUAGAAGUCUCUUUUAUGACUGCCCCAGAGCUAGCUCCUGAAGAGCCUAAAAAUCAGCUACCUUCUGAGCCAAUUCUUAUAAAUGAAGAGCUGGCAGUAGAAAACAACCCUACAGACACAAAUGAAGAUGAAAUAACUGAAACCCAAGAGCAAGAGGAAACAGAAGAAAACCAAGAUGAGCCUUCUAAAGAAGACAUAAAACCAAGCGAAGAAAUACAGCCAAGCCAAGCAGAAUCUAGUGAUGAAGAAGACUCAUUGAUACAAUAUGAAGUCAAUGAUGCGAAUUUAAACCAUUUUAUUGAGAAGUUUUCUGGAGCCAAAUCAAUGUUUGAGGUUGUGAAUCAAGAAGAAUUAAUACCAGUCCCUGAUAAUGUAAAAGCACUGCUGCUGCCUGAUAAUUAUGUUAUUGAUUCUUUGAGAAAUGAGUUUAUUUUGGCAAUAAAUCCUUAUGCAAUUGUAGAAAAUGAAAUGCUGAUUUUUCAGUCUGAAGGGACUGAUCCUAAUGGGAAUUGGCUUAUAAGGGAUACUUCUAUGAUGAAAAAUUGGCUAAAAGUGCUAAAUAUUCCUCCGCAGAGGCCUGUUUAUAGAGAUGGAGCUGUUGUUGACCCCGUGAUACCAAAAGAGCCAAUAGUUGUAAAAAAUCUGACUCCCCCCCCUUUUAAAUUGGAACAAAACAUCGGUAAAAAAUUCCACUUUUUUGGUAAAUUAACCCCCCUUUAAAUUGGAACAAAAUUUAAUUUUAUAAUAAAAAAUUAUAUAUAAUUUUUUAUCUAAAAAGUUUUGAUACAAGUUAAAUGCUUCUUCUUAACUAAAAUUAAAAAUUUAUUUAUAUCUUGCUCUUUUUUAAAGAAAAAAAAGUAUAAAGAGCAUCUUAUUUAAAUAAAUUUAUUAUCCUUAAUUGCUAAAUUUUAAAAAAAAAUUAAUUUUUUUUUUUUAAAAAUUUUUUAUUUGGAUAGUUUUGAUAUAAAUUCAAUAGGAAUUCUUUAUAAAAUUUCAAAAUUUACUUAUUUCUUGCUUUAUUUUAAAGAAUAGAGUAUAAAUAACAUCUUAUUUAAACAAAAUUAGCACUUUGAUCGAUAAAUUUUCCAAAAUUUUUUUUAUCAAUAAAAAUAAAAAUUUUUGUGUAAAUAAUUUUGAUACUAAUUAAUAGUGGCGUAUUAAACUAAUAAUAAAAAAUUAGUUAUAUCUUGCUUUGUUUUAAAGGAUAAAGAGCAAAUAACGUUUUAUUAAACAAAUUUAUUGAUCUAAUUCGAUAAGUUUUUGAAAUUUUUUUUUUGUUGAAAUUUUCAUAUUUUUUAUAAAACAUUUUAUAUUGAUAUUGUUUUUUAAAAACAAAAAUUAACCCCCUUUAAAUUGGAACAAAAUUUUUAGUUCCAAUUUAAAGGGGUGGGGGAGUGAGUGGAAGCCUUCUAAACCAAAGGGGGUAUUCUGAUAAGCAAUUGGAUUUAAGCUCUUUAGAAUGCACAAGAAAUUCGUCUUUGAGAUUAAAUACUAUAAAUAUUCAUGUGAGACAUUUGCUUACAGAAGCUGAUUGGGAGGCUUGGCAUGCAUUAAUUACAGAAAUUGAUGCCAUUGGAUUUUAUCAAUUUGUUCCUUAUGGCGAACAAAAGUAAUUUUAACGUAGCUAUCAGCCGCUAAGGUCUGGUAUAGCCCCUGAAAUAUUUUAGAUCAUUAUUGGUCAUCCUUUUAAUUUUCAAAAUUAAUUUGUACUUAUCAGCUUUUUCGAAAAGUAAAAACGAAAAUGACAAGUCUCCGUUUAUGGUUUUAAGGUACCUAAUUAGACUUAUACUGUAUAAGGCAGGUGCCCUGUACCAUAUUUUUCUGGUCGGUAUUCUGCUGGGGUAUAGAGAUCUAUUAAGGUUCAUGAGCUAUAUAAUGCAAGCAAUACAGCUGCCUAUUGAAAAAAUUGAUAUUCUUCCUCUUCAGAUACUACUGGAUGCUGUGAGUCCAGAUUCCAAAUUAUUUACUUUAGAAGACUAUGAUUUUGACCAUAUCAUUGCAAGAAUUUCACCAUCAAUAACACCUCGAGCACUAAGCGAUCUUUAUGUUGAAUGCAUUGAAAAGCUUGACAUUAUCCAUAAAAACCUGAGUAAUAUUCAUAUAGACUGUGGCAUGAAUAUCAUCCUUAUGAAAAAUUUCUUAUUUUUGGCACCUGUUUAUCGGCCUUGGGUCAUUUCCAAGGGCAGAAAAUUAUUUGCUGAACCUCUCUGGUAUAUAGGAAUAUUUAAUUUACCAAUUUUACCUAAAGAGUGGCCUGAAACUGGAGGAGUUACAAUGCCAAAAGAUCCGCUUUCUUUAUUAGAAAAGAGCUCUAAAUUUAACUAUUUUUCAUAA